AUGAAUUUGGAAUAUCACGUCUUCGAGUUUUCCACUGAAGAAGAGUUCCAAAAAACUCACGAUGAGUACAUCUGCAUUCCACAUAACUCUUGGGAGCGGUUGGAAUACAAUCCGUUAUAUAUGGAAGAGGUUCCGGAUGGCGUCGACAGUCAGAUUUUGGAAAUCAACCUGUUGAUUCAGAAGGAAGCUCAGCCAAUAAUGGAGCAGGAAGAGUUGGAUGCCGAGGAAUUGAUGAGGGAAAUUUCUGCUGGGACUGGACAACAGAUCUCAACCAAUCUCCAAACACAGACCGACACCUUCUCCAGAAACUUGACCAGUCUCAAAAACAGAUUGGUUCGCAAUGUUCCAGAUCGAGUGAUUGAGGUUCCCAAAUUCUACCAGCACCUGGAUCAAAACGUAAUAACGAAGAAUUGUGACAUCCACUAUGGCACAAUUUUGCUAAAAGAGGAAGCUGAUGAUAGAAUUGUGAACCACAAGCUACGCGAGGGCUACGUUCACAUCCACGGUCAGUUUGAAGACAGAUUCAACAUGUCCGAGGAGAUGUUCUUCAAGCUUUUCAAAAAUUGCCUGAAAAAGGUCAACGAGAAGAAGCUCAAUCAGGACAUUUUCUAUUAUGCCCUCUACACUCAAUUCCCAAACAAAGGAUCUCAAAAAACAAUGUCUGAGCUCUUUCCAAUUCUCGUGGCCAAAUACGAGCCAGGGCUCGAUAGACUUGCCUUGGAGCCAUGGAAAAAAGAUGAGGGAAUGCAGCUUACACAGAAAUUCGUGUCACGUGGGAACUUCUUCAAGAUCUUACUUCCCAUUCCAAAUACUUCCGAUCAAUGCGAAAACUGUUAUCAUAACGAAACCUUGCCGGCCGAUCUCCAGAAUACAACUGAUCAUUUGAAUGUCUAUUACAGAAAAAAUGGACUUCCGGGCACUGGAUCCCUGAAAGCUUUCUUGCCAAUUCUCUUCAAGACAACACAGGCGGUGAAUAUGUGCGAAGUAAUCAGAAGACAUGGAAAUGGGAUUUUGUCUUGCAAGGAAGUAUACAAGCAUCUUCUUCAAUCUUGCACCUUCCAAGCACCACCAAGUCUAGUUCAACCCACCAAACCCUUCAAAGAGCGAUUCAAGAAAUUCAUCAGGGAUGGACAAGAGCAUUAUGCGAAAAAGGAUAAAAAGAGGUAUUUUCGCCACUACAGAAAGAUUCGAACUGCAAGUGAAAAUGGUAAAACACCUGAAGAAAUCGAGGCUCUCAAGGCCGAGCUUAAAAAGGAAGUGGACCAUGAGUCGUUAUCUGGUCCGUGCUCCCAUUUCGGCCGAUGCGGACCGUUUGCCGAGGAUUGUGACUGCAAGGACUUUUGUUCCCUCCGAUGUGAAUGCGACAUCGACUGCCCUCGUCGGUUCCCAGGAUGCGACUGUCCACCUGGUCAGUGUCAAACUGAAGACUGUCAAUGUAUCCGACAAAGGAACGAAUGCGAAAAGGGCCUAUGCUACAGAUGCUUGGACCACGAGGAUGAUAGAAACGUGCCCAUGGAUCGGAAAUGUGGCAAUUUCGUGUUCCAGCGUCCAGUAGAAACUCUUUUGAAAGUCACAAAGUCCAAAGUUCUGGGAGCUGGAUUUGGAGCGGUCGCGAAGAGGGACAUCAAAAAGGGCGAGAUCGUUGGAGAAUAUACUGGAGAGCAGAUAAAUGAAGAUGAAGUUGAGAGAAGAGGAAAGGUGUAUCAUUUUGGCAUCAGCUAUGUCUAUCAUCUGCCGUAUUCCAUCGGGGCACUUGAUUCCGCUAAAGCCGGAAAUGAGACACGCUUCAUCAAUCACUCGGACACGCCAAAUCUCACCACUAUCUUCCGAACGUCAAAAGGAGAGCCACGAGUGGCAUUUGUUGCUGAUCAAGAUAUCAAGAAGGACGAAGAAGUGUUCUUCCCAUACGGAUACCCGGAAAAGGAUCUGAAGUUUUUAUUCUCGACGAAACCGGAGGACAGAAGUGAUCACAUGGAGUACGUAUCAAGUACUGGGAAGGCAAGAGAGAAGGUUCUGAGAAACAUCGCGGGACCAUCCACCUCAUCAUACAACCAACCGGGACCAUCCUCGUCAACCAGCCAAGCUGGGCCAUCUACUUCCCGCAAACGAAGACCGUCAGACCAUUCCGGGCCAUCAAGUCCCCAUAAAAAGAGAAAGACCACUAGACCAUUCGAAACCGGCUAG